AUGGACACUAGUGUUGUAUGUAUUCUCAAGUUAGUUGGAGCAAUCUUUGUUGUGGUGUUGAAGUUGUUUGUGAAUGGAGCUGUUGGUUGCUUAGAGAAUGAGAAACAUGCUCUCCUUCAGUUGAAGGCAAGCCUCGUUGGAAACUAUGAGACUUCCCUUUUGACUACAUGGGAUAGUAAGAGUGAUGGUUGCUGUGCAUGGGAAGGCAUUGGUUGUAGCAAUCAAACUGGACAUGUUGAAAGGCUUGAUCUAAAUCAAGAUCAGUUUGGUCCUUUUCAAGGCGAGAUCAAUGCGUCCGUGAUGGAGUUGCGACAUUUAGUUUAUUUGAACCUCAGUCAUUGUCUAAUUUCAAACAGUAUUUUUCCAGAAUUUUUUGAUUCUCUAAGCAACUUGAAAUUCCUUGACCUCCAAUCCUCGUCUUACUCGACAGAAAUUUCAAGUGGUUUUGCUCGUCUUGGAAACUUGCAAUAUCUUGAUCUUUCGAGCAAUAGCCUUGAGGGUACAAUUCCGCGUCAAUUUGGAAGUCUCUUGCAUUUACAAUACCUUGAUCUCAGUUAUAAUGCCUUAGAUGGAACCAUUCCUCGUCAUCUUGGAAAUCUCUCUCGUUUGCAGUACCUUGAUCUUUCAUAUAAUGGCCUUGAUGGAACCAUUCCGCAUCAACUUGGAAGCCUUUCAAACUUGCAGGAGCUUCAUCUUCAAUAUAAUCAAGGACUCAAAGUUGAUGACGAGAAUAAUCACGUUGGAGGUCAGUGGUUUUCUAAUCUCACUCUUUUAACUCAUCUUGACUUGAGUGGCAUGCCCUAUCUCAAUUCUUCUCAUGUCUGGCUGCAAACGAUUGCCAAGCUUCCGAAAAUACAAGAACUGAGGCUCUCUGGUUGUGCUCUUUCAGAUCUUUAUCUUUUCUCUCUAUCUCGUUCACGAUUGAGCUUUUCUACUUCUCUUUCAAUCCUUGAUCUUUCACUCAAUACCUUCUCAUCAUCCAAAAUAUUUGAAUGGGUGUUUAAUGUCACUUCCAACUUCAUCGAGCUUGAUCUUUCCUCUAACAACUUCAAUGGCACCAUUCCAUAUGACUUUGGCAACAUAAACUGCAAAUCCCAUACUUUGCACUCAUUGCAUUUUGAUUAUAACAAUUUGAAUGAAGAUAUUUCAACUAUUCUUCUAAAAUUGUCUGGUUGCGUAAGAUACUCGCUGCAAGGUUUUAGUUUACGCCACAACCAAAUUACUGGAACAUUGCCUAACCUUUCAAUAUUUCCAUCUCUAACAACAAUCGACCUUUCAUUUAAUACGUUAAGUGGCAAGCUUCCCGAUGAAAUUCCAAAAUCAUUGGAGUCUUUGAUAUUUGAAUCAAAUUCUUUAGAAGGUGGAGUUCCAAAAUCAUUUGGAAACCUAUGUUCAUUAAAGUUGCUAGAUUUGUCAAGUAACAAGUUGAGUGAAGAUCUUACGCAGAUACUUCAUAAUUUAUCGGUUGGGUGUGCAAAGUACUCGUUGCAAGAAUUAAAUCUAGGUAGCAACCAAAUUAUUGGCACGGUGCCUGACUUGUCCGGGUUGUCAGCUCUCAAAAACUUGUAUCUAUCUAACAAUCUAUUACAUGGCAAGAUAGUGCAAAAGUCUCCAUUCCCUUACCAAUUAGAAGUCCUGAAUUUGGAUUCUAAUAACUUUGAAGGUGUGAUCAGCGACUCUCAUUUCCGAAACAUGUCCUUGUUAACAAAUUUAAACUUGAAUGGAAAUUCAUUGUCACUUAUAUUCAGUGAAAAUUGGAUAGCGCCUUUUCACCUAUCUUCCUUAAGGUUACGUUCUUGUGUUCUAGGGUCGAGUUUUCCAAAAUGGUUGCAGAGUCAAAAACAUCUUUAUGAUUUGGAGAUUUCUAAUGCAAAAAUCUCAGAUGUAGUUCCCGUGUGGUUUUGGACUCAAGCAAAAAAUUUAGUCUUCAUGAAUAUUUCUCACAACAAUUUAACUGGCACAAUUCCAAAUUUGUCCAUAACAUUUUCAAAAGAUUGUACACUAAUUCUGGAUUCAAAUCAAUUUGAAGGUCCAAUCCCUCCAUUUUUUGGUAGUGCAACUUUUCUACGGUUGUCUAAGAACAAAUUUUCAGAAACUACCUCGUUUUUAUGUACUAACACUACGGUUUAUAGAUUGUUCUUGUUGGAUCUAUCAAAGAAUCAAUUAUCAAGGCAACUACCUAAUUGCUGGGAUAAUUUGAGCGCAUUGCAAUUUCUAGAUUUGAGUGACAACACUUUGUCCGGUGAAGUGCCAUCCUCGAUGGGAUCAUUACUUGAACUUAAGGUAUUGAUAUUGCGUAACAAUACCUUCACAGGAAAGUUACCCGUCUCGUUGAAAAAUUGCAUUGAACUGAUCAUGCUUGAUGUUGGAAAUAAUAGAUUCUCAGGACCAAUACCGAAUUGGUUAGGACAGCAAUUGCAAAUGUUAAGUUUACGAAAGAACCAAUUCUAUGGAAGUCUUCCUCGGAGUCUUUGUUACUUAACAAACAUUCAGUUGUUGGAUCUCUCAGAAAACAAUCUAUCAGGACGAAUUUUCAAAUGCAUGAAUAAUUUUUCUGCAAUGUCUCAAGAUGUUUUAUCAGCUAUUUCCACAGAAUCCGUUUUAUAUUACACAGUUACCUAUAGAGAGAACUUUGAAGGCUUUGAUAUUAUUGCAUUGUUGAUGUGGAAAGGCACAGAACAACAAUUCAAGAAUAAUAAGCUCAUUUUGAGGAGUAUUGAUCUUUCAAGCAAUCAAUUGAUUGGAGAGAUUCCAAAAGAAAUAGAAAACUUGAUAGAAUUAGUCUCGUUGAAUUUAUCAAGCAACCAUUUGACCGGAAAAAUCACUUCAGAGAUUGGAAGAUUAACAUCACUUGAAUUUCUUGACUUGUCGAGAAACCAUUUAUUUGGCCCAAUUCCUUCUUCUCUAGCUCAAAUUGAUCGUCUGUCCUUGUUAAAUCUGUCUAAUAACAAUCUGUCUGGAAGAAUUCCAAUAGGCACGCAGUUACAAAGUUUUGUUGCGUCAAGUUAUGAAGGGAAUGCUGAUCUUUGUGGGAAGCCACUUGAUAAAAAAUGUCCGGGAGAUGAAGAAGCCGCACACGAGAAACCAGAAACAAUUGAAGAAAGUAGUCCAGAAGAUAAAAAAUCAAUUUAUUUGAGUGUGGGAUUGGGAUUUAUCACAGGAUUUUGGGCACUGUUUGCAGGAAAAGUUAGUCUAAGCAUCUCCAAUAGAAUCAUAUGCAACUUUGUUGAAGAAAAGUAG